AUGGAUCCACCGGUUGCGCAGAACGAGAAUGAUAUGUCCGAUGCCCAGAUACUCGCCCACCUCGAAAGCUGUUCAACCAAUGAUAGAGUUGAUUCGUUGAACGUCAAUUUCAACGUCGACUUUGCUAUCACCGACGAGUUCCUUGCGCGCACGGCUACCGUGGACGACGAAGCUCUGGUACACGCAGUCCAUAAAUGCCACGCGAUGCACAAUCGCUUCUUGGAGGGAGCAAAUAAGUCCCGGGCCCGCAACGAGGUGGUGGUGGUGUACGAUAUCAGCGAUGGAUUCUUAAAAGAGGAAUAUGCACAACUCACCAAACUAUUUGGCGAGGGUUGGUCUCAGAUCCGGAACCGGGCGUUCCAAAAUCCCCGUGCUGCGGCGAUCGCACAGCACUGGUUGUCACAGCUGAAGAUCCCCGGCCUUCCAAUACUGACGCCGUUCGAGCACUCGUGCAUACCAAACCCCCGCGAAUUCGUCCGAGUGGCCCGUAACAUGGCUUGGAGCCGGGCUGGUGCCGUCUUCUAA